CUUGCAUCGGGAUUUCGUUGGUCUUUUAUUUCUCCCCAAUUAGUCACUGCUAGAUUCCAGGGAUUCUCCUCUUUCUGCAUCUCGACCUACAUACAAACCCAACGCCCAUCCUCUCAACAUCCUCCACGUACUAGGUACUUACAAUAUCUACCUACCUAUCACUUACCUAGGUAGGCACUUACCUAGGUACCUACCUAGUCUCGAGAACUCCCCCCUUCUGGUUGACGUCGCCCCAUACAACCCCCCCGAUAUCGCCAGCCAGCCAGAGUCCGACUACAGCACGUUUUCUCCCUGCCGCUUAGCUACAUCCCGAUCCUCCCAUGAUAGCCACGCUGUCUGGGUAAAACCGACACCCGGCGGUUCAGUCCCAAACCCGAAGGCGGCCAACCCGAAAGAACAUAGCACAGACCAUGACAAGUGAGAUAGCGGGGGCGAACUCGCUAGUCAGCCCCAGGUCGAGCAUCUCUGGGGCCUCGAGCAAUAUAAGGAAGGAACGGGGAGCGAUCGCGGCUCAGGCUUGCGACACAUGUCGUUCCAGGAAACAACGAUGUGAUGAACAGAGGCCCAAGUGUGGCACUUGCUACAGAUUCAAGCUCGAGUGUCACUACAGGGAGCCACAGCCAACAAAGAAAGACAAAACCCUCGUGGAGAUCCUUGCCCGCAUCAAAAGUCUCGAGGGAAAGUUUGACAGUAUGAACACGCAGCAUGCCGGCUUUACGACCCCUCUAUACGGCCAUCUCGUGACCACUCCGGGCUUUCAAACCGCGUCGUUUGCGCGAUCCGGCGAUCUCUCCGCCAUUCCAGCAAGGCUUUCUGGCUCGGACGAUAGCGGACCCAGUUCAAUCACAAUGGCGCCAUAUACCUACACCUCGUCGGUACACCAAAUGCUCAGGUGGCCUGUUGUACAGGGUCUUCUCGAGUCCAUCAGCCUGAGCAUACCGAGCGUCAGUGCCUCCACGAUAGAGUCUGAAGGGGCUACCAGGGCACUCGGCCUGGACAACCCAACCAACCGCCUACCGACAGGGGAUGCCGGGGCCGUCACUUAUGCCCUCACUACAGUUGGGAUCUCGGCGACGCACUUCACGACCCAGGUUUUAGGAUCGGUCGCGCGGGAUGGGUUUACGGACUCGAUACAGUCGACUCUCGUCUUCUUGGUGCUUGCUCUUGGAGAGAUUGCCAUCCUCGGCUUCCAUGGACCUCCCGUUUCCGCGUCGGGCAGCCCUCAACCAAGCGGCGUCAAGGGCGGGACGCCGCGACACCCUCCCGGGCUGGCCCUCUUCAACGAAGCGAGGCGUCGGAUGGGGUUCAACUUGACGGAAUGCUCGCUUGAGGCCGUCCAGGUGUUUGCGCUGGCGGGCAUGUAUUGCGAAGCUUGCUCAAGUCACAUGGAAUUCUGGCGGAUGACGACGACGGCUUCCCUCGCAUGCCACGCCCUGAUAACCGGAAACCCAUCAGAGUUGAGCUCCCCGCGAGGCACCAUGAUCAGACGAUGCUUCUGGUAUUGUUGCAUUGUAGAAAACUAUCUUGGAACCGAACUUGGACUUCCUCAAAGCGGCCUGGAGAGCUUAGAGGACGCCGUGGGCCCGCCAGCACUAACGGUUUCGUUCACGCCCGAAAAUUUCGUCGGCACGCAUUGGCCACUCUCCCAAGAGUACUUGGCCUCGGCAAUAGCCUUGCGGCGUCUCUCGUUGGAUGCUCACAAAACGCUAGGCCAACCUUUGAACCAAUACGCCUCUGGCGUCGACGCCGAGGCACUGAACCGCACGCUCGAGGAGCUCAUCAUGAACCUGGAGCAGUGGAAGAUGAUGGUGCCACCACAGCUGCGCUGGACCGAAUCCCGGCCCGAGGAAUUCCCCAACCCGGGCGGGCCGCUAGCCCACGCGAUGCCGGAGCUCUUGUCCAUGGCCAUGGCCCCGUCAGGCGUGGCCGACGAUGCGCCGCCGUGCCCCCGGGCCAUGUUCACGACGGACCUCGCGGCCGAGCCGGCGACGUACCCGUCCAACCUCGACGUGCAGGUGGCGGUGCUCCGGUCGCGCUACUACUACGCCAAGCUCAACAUAUACCGGCAGCACGUGUUCCGGGUGCUCAACCACCCGGAGCAGAUGCGGGCCGAGGACGCGCGCGGGGCGGCCGAGUGCCUCCGGGCGUGCCUCAAGUGGCCCGUCUCCAUGUCGCCGACGUCGACGCACAAGCGGCUGGUGCCGUGCCUCUUCUUCUGGACGCAGAACAUGCUCGGCAUGCUCGUGCUGCUGCACCUGAGCCAGAGCGUGCAGAUCCUGUCCACGAUCCGGCACACCCUCUGCGGCGAGGGCUUCGAGCGCGAGGCGGGCGAGACCGUCAUGCUCUACAUUGCGUGGAUCCGGGACCUGAAGAGCGUGGACUCGGCGGCCGGGUGGGCCUGGGAGAUUGUGAGGGCGAUAUACAACCUUGAAGAGUGAAGCAUGGAUAUCUGGGGCGUGAUGUGGCGUGGCGUGGCGUGGCGUGGUGUGGUGUGGUGCGGCGCCGGGAUGAUUCGAGCACCCCAAAUCUCGACCACCCACACACCCCCAAAGGCCGCCCGCCGCCCCAUUGAUGAAUGUGAAUUUGCGGGAAACGACGAGGACCGCCACGUUAUGCUAUGGGACAAGCAUGUUUAGGUUUCGACGAGAUUAGCUCUGGGCGGGCAAAUGAGGCGAGCUCGGACCAUGGAAGCUCCAUAUGAGUGAGAGAGCAGAAGGAAACAAGGAAAAAAAAAAAAAAAAAAAAA